AUGAGUAAACAAACUGGCAAAGCUUCAUGGGAUAUAAGAACCACAAAGGUUUUUAUUGACCUGUGCAUUGAAGAAGUUGAAAAAGGGGGAAGAAAAGGAACUAGCUUGACAAAAACUGGUUGGACAAGUGUUGUGGACAGCUUCACUGCAAAGACUGGGAGAGCCUAUACGAGAAUCCAAUUGAAAAACAAAUAUGAUACCCUGCGAAAGGAGUGGCAGUUAUGGGAUAGGCUGCUCCGUGAGACAGGUUUGGGAUGGGAUGCCGAAAGGAAUACUGUUAGUGCCCCUGAUGAUUGGUGGGAGAAGAAAAUAGUGGAAGUUCCUGGCUACGAGAAAUUUAGAGAAAGAGGGCUUCAGUUUCGGGCUGAAUUGACUCAACUCUUUGGGUCUGUAGCUGCAACUGGACCCCAGUCAUGGGCACCUUCUUCCAUGACACUUCCAAGUGAAGGAGUUCCUGAAGAUGAUAUGGAAGAAGGGUCUGGAGAUAGUGAUGAAAUAUUGGGGGCACCAACUGGGAUAAGCGGAGAGUUUAAUUCGGUCACAUUCAAUGACAAUAGUGGAGGAAGUGGAGGCAACACUGGGAUGAGACGGGAAAACAGUCGUGGGGGUAGAAGCACAGGUGGCAGUCGACCUAGUAGCUCAUUAGGGGUUAAAAAAAAGGGUGAAUCCAUGAAGAAGAAGAACACUGCCACUAUGAAAAUAGCAGAUGCAUUAAGCAGGAUAGCUCAGGCAAAUGAAAAUGAUUCUCAGCGUGAAUAUGAAGAGAUUUCAGAAGCACGUGCUAGGAAGAUAGAAGAAGAAGCGCGUGCUUAUGAGACGUCAAUUGCGGGAGUCAUGGAGCACCUUAACGAAGUUGAUGAAGUUGUUGAUGAUCCUGAUUUGUUUGGCCGGUGCACAACACUCCUUAUGAGGGAGCAAGCUGCAAGGGAGAUGACAAGACAAAAAAUGGCUGAUGAAAUUAAAAUUGCGGAAAAGUAUCGUAAACGACGGAACAAACGGAUUAAUCAAGUUGCAGUAGCAGUUGGUGGAUACGCUUCUCUUCAUUUGUGUAAAGAGCCCCAGCACACAAGUAUUUAUACAGGCAAGGCAUGGGUAAGGGACGUUUUACAAGGCCAUUCCACCCGUUGUUAUAACAUGUUUAGGAUGGAAAGGGAAGUGUUUUUCAGUCUUUGCACAGAAUUGCAGCAACACGGUCUUACGGAAACUAGAAAUGUUGGGAUACAUGAAAUGGUUGCAAUGUUUUUAAAUACCGUUGGCCAUGCGCUUAGUAGUAGGAUGCAGCAAGAAAGAUUUCAGCAUUCGAGGGAGACAAUUAGUAGACAUUUCCAUAAUGUCUUAUUGGCAUGCUGUAGACUUGCUAUGUCCAAUAUCAAACCAAAAGAUCCAACAUUUCAACAUUUGCAUACAAAAAUACGGCCCGGUGGUCGAUACUGGCCCUUUUUCAAGCAUGCUAUUGGAGCAAUUGAUGGAACACAUAUUUCAUGCAUUGUUGAUGCAACUGAGCAAACAAAAUUUAUUAACCGAAAAGGAAAAGUGACGCAAAAUGUAAUGGCGUUUGAACAAGAAGGUUCUUAUGCAGAAGAAAAUAAUGAUGAUGAUGGACUUGGAUCUUCACAUAUACCUUCAUCAAUAGAAUCUUCAUCUCACAUGGCUCGACUUCGUGACUCAAUUAGAGAUCAAAUUGCUCACUAUAUACGAGAAUAG